UUCUCGCGAAUCGCUGAACUAACCGCCGUACUCGUAAUGUCCCGUUAUGACCCAACAACGCGCACCUGGUACGGUCCGAAGCAGCCUCCGGUCCUCAAUCCGGCUGCCAGCAUCGGCCAAGUGAUUGUGAACAUUCUCGAGCGAACACCGGAAAAGUUGAUCCAGCUGGAUGCCGUCACCGGAGAAGAGUACACCUGCGACAAGCUUCGUCUCCACAUGAUCCGGACCGCAAUAAAUCUCGCGCAAGUGUUCAAAAUCUCCAAAGGCGACAUGGUCUGUAUGGUGCUGGACAACCGGUCGUGCGUGAUGCCGGUUCUCUUCGGAUGCUUCCUCGUCGGAGCACCCGUUCACACGCUGGACGCCUCGUUCCAGGAGUCCGACCUGACCCACCUGAUGGGUCUCACCAAACCAAAACUGGUGUUCUGCACCGAACACAAUCAGUCUACGGUUCAAAACGCCAUCAAACUCAUCCAAUCAGAAGCCCAACUCAUCGUUCUUGACGGAUCGGAAAACCAUAAGCGAAUCUUCGCAACGCACGACGCCGAGAAGCUCUACCGACCGCCGUAUCUCGGCGAUUCGGACCAGACGAUCGCAGUCGUCGUAUGCUCCUCGGGAACCACCGGACUUCCAAAGGCCGUUUGCGUAACGCACGCCCAACUGAUCGCACCCUAUUCCAUGAUCAGCCACAUGGAACCCAGCACCGUGCUGUGCUUCAGCUCCCUGUACUGGAUCUUCGCCUUCCAGAUGCUCCUGCUGACCGUGUUCAACGGGUUCAAGCGGGUCAUCACGACGCGGCCUUUUAGCCCGGCGUACGCUUGCGAGCUGGUCAACCGGUACGAGGUGACCAAUGCGUUCGUUCCGCCGCCGAUGCUGGCCGAGAUGGUCGAGUACUGCGAGGUGCGCCAGAUGAAGCUGCCCACGUUGAAAAUGGUGGGCGUUGGAGGGAGUUCCUUGCCGGAAUCGCUGCGGAAGCGGGCCAAUGCCUUGAGCCCGAAUGGGCGGGUGUUCGUGGGAUAUGCUAUGAGUGAAACCGGCGGCAUUAUGUCUUUGGGACUGCUGGAGAAGCCCAACUCGGUGGGGAUUCUGAUGCCGAACGUCAGCAUGAGGAUUGCCGCCGAUGAUGGCACCCUGCUCGGCCCAGGCGAGGAAGGCGAAAUCCAGAUCCGCUACAUCCACCCAUUCGUCGGCUACUACGGCAACGAAGAAGCUACCCGAGCGCUGCUCACCGCCGACGGUUUCAUCAAAUCCGGCGACAUUGGCUGCAUGGACAGCACCGGCUUUCUGUUCAUCACCGAUCGAAAAAAGGAGAUGAUUCGCCACAGGGGCUACCAGAUUGCACCGGCCGAACUGGAAGCGCUUCUGAUGGAGAUUCCCGGUGUGGUGCAGGCGGUGGUGGUGGCUACGCCGGAGAAGAAGCCGCCGCAUGACGAUUUGCCGGCGGCUUUGGUGGUUCGGAGUGCCGAGGGCAUGGCGACGGUCAGGGAGGAGGAUGUCUUGGAGUACGUGAAUGGGAAAGUUCCGGACUAUAAGCGACUGCGGGGCGGAGUGUUCUUCGUGAAGGGGUUGCCGACCACCGCCAAUGGGAAGAUCAACCGGAUGGCGGCGAAAAAGCUGGUUCCGGUUUAGGCGAGGGCUUUCACAAUCGGUUACAAUGGCUCUGGAGAUAAGCUAGAAGUUAUGUUUCAUUUUGCUGUAUUUUUUGUUAGAUUUUCUCCUGUCAUGUGUUUCUUUCUUUACAGAAUUUAAGUGUUUGUUUUCCUAGUGGCUUUCCACAAUUGGUUUUAUCUAUUCUACUAUUUUCUACUAUGAGUCUAUCGGUUUGUUUUUGUUCCGUUGAUUUCCUCCGGAGAAAAAUAACAAUAAUUGUCUGAACAGUUGUUUGCAAACAAUUAAACGUUCAAAGAGAGAUUAGCGCGAAAAAAAGUUUUGUGCAAAAACUGACCAUCUAACUCUUAUGACAUAGUAUCUGCUACCAAGUUGCUCUAGGAAACAAAAGUUAAAAAAUAUAAAAUAUAAAUAAUCGUUUAAGGUGUUAUCUGUGUAAAAACAAGAAGAUAAAUAAAAUUUAAGUUUUCCGUGUAAAUAAGGGUGCAGCGAAUCAGCGCCCUCGGUGCACUGUGAUUCGAAACACGAAAACCCCUAUCUUCGACAUUUUCAGUGUGAAAAAGGUGAAAAUCAGACCAUUAUUUUUACAUUUUCAUGCUAAAAAGGUCGACGAUCAUGUUUUCCUCGCAAUUUGAACCACUGUGCAGCGACGCAAAAAAAAAAAAAUCAAAACAAAACAAUAAACAAUAAUAAUCUACCCCAUAUAAAAUAA